AUGGCCAUUAUGCGUUCUACGGCGGCGGCAUCGCGGAUGCCGCGUAUGCUGAACUCGCGCGCCCUGUCGACUUCGGCAGCUGCGCUGGCACACAAGGAGGUCAAGUUCUCGAAUGAGGGCCGUGCUGCGAUUCUCAAGGGUGUGAAUCUGCUAGCCAACGCUGUGAGCGUGACCCUCGGUCCGAAGGGCCGCAAUGUAAUUAUUGAACAGCCUUUCGGUGGGCCAAAGAUUACCAAGGAUGGUGUCACAGUGGCCAAGGCCAUUGACAUUAAGGACAAGUACGAAAACCUUGGUGCUCGCCUGGUACAGGAUGUGGCAAGCAAGACGAACGAGGUUGCUGGUGAUGGUACGACGACAGCCACUGUGCUUGCGCGUGCCAUCUACUCGGAGGGUGUGAAGAAUGUGGCCGCUGGCUGCAACCCGAUGGACCUGCGUCGCGGAAGCCAGGCUGCUGUGGAUGCCGUCAUCAAGUUCCUCGAGGAAAACAAGCGUGAGGUGACGACGUCGGAGGAAAUCGCGCAGGUCGCGACGAUUUCGGCGAAUGGUGACAAGCACGUCGGCACGCUCAUUGCCACUGCUAUGGAGAAGGUCGGCAAAGAGGGUGUCAUUACUGUGAAAGAGGGCAGGACGCUCGAAGACGAGAUUGAGAUUACGGAGGGUAUGCGCUUUGACCGUGGCUACAUCUCGCCUUACUUUAUCACGGACGUCAAGACGCAGCGGACUGAGUUUGAAAAGCCACUUGUGCUUCUCAGUGAGAAGAAGAUCUCGGCGCUGCAGGACAUCCUGCCGACGCUGGAGGCGGCUGUGACGAUGCGCCGUCCGCUGCUGAUUAUUGCCGAAGACAUUGACGGCGAAGCGCUUGCUGCUUGCAUUCUGAACAAGCUGCGCGGUCAGCUCCAGGUGUGCGCUGUGAAGGCACCUGGCUUUGGUGACAACCGCAAGAGCAUCCUUGGCGACUUGGCUAUCCUCACGGGUGGCCAGGUGUUCUCGGACGAGCUUGAUGUGAAACUCGAACGUGCCACGCCAGACAUGCUCGGCACGACGGGCAGUGUUACGAUCACGAAGGAAGACACGAUCUUCAUGAACGGUGAGGGCAACAAGGAUGCCAUCACGGCUCGCUGCGAGCAGAUUCGCUCGGCUAUGAGCGACCCAUCGACGUCAGAGUACGACCGGACGAAGCUGCAAGAGCGUCUUGCGAAGCUGAGUGGUGGUGUGGCUGUAAUUCGUGUGGGUGGCUCGUCCGAGGUCGAGGUGGGCGAGAAGAAGGACCGUUACGAUGAUGCUCUGUGUGCAACGCGUGCAGCUGUGGAAGAGGGUAUUGUGCCAGGCGGCGGCGUGGCGCUACUGAAGGGCACGAAGGCCCUCGACUCCAUUGCCACUGCUAACUUUGACCAGCAGUUGGGUGUGUCGAUCAUUCGCAAUGCGCUGACGCGUCCGGCACGCCAGAUUGUCGAGAACGCCGGUGAAGAGGGCUCGGUCGUUGUGGGCAAGUUGCUCGAGAACCCAGGCGAGUUUGGCUACGGCUACGACGCGAGUGUUGGUGAAUACAAAGACCUGAUUGCUGCUGGUGUGCUGGAUCCACUGAAGGUGGUGCGCACAGCUCUUCAGGACGCUGCGGGUGUGGCAUCGUUGCUGACGACAUCAGAGUGCUGCAUCGUUGAAGCACCUGAAGAGAAGCCUAUGGCCGCUCCUGGUAUGGGCAUGGGCGGCAUGGGUGGCAUGGGUGGCAUGGGCUUCUAA